AUGCCCAGAACAAUCACCUGUGCUCCUUCAGCGUGCGGCGAGGUUGGUAACAUACCCUCUCCCUUUCGAUUGAAGGACAACUUGAAAGGCUGCGGUGACUCGAGCUUCGAGUUAGCGUGUGAGGAUAACUGUACGGUGCUAUCUUUGUUAGAUGGCCGAUAUCACGUGAAAUCGAUAAACAUUUGGAGUUUUUGGUAUAAUGGGGGUAUGGAAGUGAUCGAUCUCGGGCUGCAAAAGGGCAACUGUUCCUGCCUUCCUCUCCACCCGUUAAUGCCCUCUAAUUUCAGUGAAGAAUACCCGUUCUUCAUCGCUCCUAUUUAUCCCAUGGUGACCAUGAUGUCUUGCUCAAAGCCGGUGAGAUCUCCUUUAUAUAUCAAUGUCGAACCAUGUAUAACUCUAAAUGGUUAUUACUCAUAUGCCGUCAUCAACGCAAGUGCAUCUGAAAUUGAGGAAUUUUGCACCAUAACCACGUCAAUAGUUACAGGAAAUUAUUUACUGUAUAAAAUAGAAGCAUUGUUUGGCGAGAAUCGCAAGAUCUCCUACAACGACAUCCAUGAUACCCUGGCCAACGGGUUUAAUCUCUCCUAUUGA